AUGAGACGAUUUGCAGAAGACCUGAUAGUAGCGCGACAGCCAGGAACCAAGUUGGUCACCGGAGACAUCGUAGCUAGAACGUUUGAUAGCGAGAUGAUACCAUUACUUCUCACAGAUCUCAUUGCUCCAGCUCUCCAGACCCAUAGCAACAACAUCAGUGAUCGGGUAGACAGGCUCAUCAGAGAUGGGAGUGGAUGGGCGGUACACGAGAUAAUCUCCGUCUCGAUUAACAUUACCAGGUAUAACCCGUUAGCAGGUAACAGCUGGAUGGAGUUGCCUAAACCCAUCAGACAUAAGACCUACGCUCUUCUCAACAUCAAGAACAUGAACGAUGAUCGCUGCUUGGAAUGGGCUCUAGUUGCAGCUCUCGAACGUCAGCGGGGAUUUCCUAGAGGGAAUAACCGUCUUCGCGUUGGUCGCUAUCAGAAGAGCAGCGUGAAGAUAAAUAUGACUGGUAUCUCCACCCCUACUCCAAUCAGUGAGAUUGGUAAGGUUGAGAAGUUGAACGACGUUUCGAUCAAUGUUUUUGGAUGGGAUGAUGGGACGAUUUUGAAGGGAGAACCGAGCAAGCUUAACCAGGGAUUCUACCCCAUCAGACUCUGUCAGAAUCCUAACAGUGAGACGUGCAUCAACAUUCUGCUGGGGGAGAACGACAGGACGAGCCAUUGGGUCUGGAUACAGGAUCUCUCAGCACUAUUAUGUGGACAGAGCAAGAAUACUCAUGCAAAAUUUUGUUGUGUUAGAUGUUUGAGAGGUUUCACAAGAAGUGACCUUUUGGAUAAUCAUGAAAGAGAUUGUUCUAAAUUGCAAGCACAGCGAACCAUCAUGCCCGAUGAAGUUAAACAGCGUGAUUAUCCAGUAGGAAGUAUAAAGCAGAAGAAGACGACAAAGGAGCAGCUCACGUUAAAGUUCAACAGUUGGAGGAAGACGAUAAAACAUCCGUUCACGAUCUCCGCUGACAUAGAGUGUAUCCUAGUGCCGCGGGAGGUAGACGAAAACGGAGCUACAGUGAAGAUCUCAGAGCACAUCCCCUGCACGGUAUCGUACAAGCUAAAUAGUCACCUAGCUGGGUUUGAAGAUGAGGCUGUAGUUAUUUUCCAUGGACCAAAAUGUGUCGAUGAGUUCUUGGAAGCCCUUGAUUUAUUGUAUGAGCGGCUCAGACCCUGGAUGGAGAUGAAUGAGCCAAUGGAGAAGGUAGACCAGGCUACCAUGGAUCGUCUCAAUGCUUAUCCAAAUUGUGUUAUUUGCAAACGUAAACUUAUUGAAGAUAAACAUCUCGAUCACUGUCACUACACUGGCAAAGUUUUAGGUUACACUCAUCCACUAUGCAACCUAGAACGUCAAACACCAAAGUAUUUACCCAUUUUCUUUCACAAUCUUAAAGGAUACGACUCACACAUGGUUAUUGGAGGUAUUGCAGAUCGUGUUGAUGAUCCUUGGGAUAUCAAUGUUAUCGCCAAGGCUAUGGAAACAUAUACAGCAUUCAGCACUAAAAAGUUCAGGUUCAUUGACUCAUGUGCUCACCUCAACUCCUCUCUAGAGAAACUUGUGUCUAAUCUUCAUUCGUCAGGACCUGGAGCCUUUAAACCUGUCGAAGACUUCCUUCAGCAGAAGUUUGGUUCUGUGCAACCUGAGAAACUAAGGGGUGUACCCCUACUCCUACUUCAAGACCUUCGAGACCUUUGA